CUGAAAUAAAAGGAUUUAGAAAUUGCCACUACAAUUGAAACCUGGCACUUGGCCUUAAUGUAGACAUUCUGCAGAAUAUAUAAUUGAAAGGUUUAAUGAAUAAAUAAAAAGCAACGCUUUUUCUAUUGUGAUUCAAUAGAAAAUCCCAGGUGGUAGCUGCACUGGAUUUGCACAUUUCUAUGAUUUGGGCUACUGCCCUGGUUGCAUAUUUUAAUGAAAAAUAAUUUACUGCUAUUUCUGUGUAAAGUUUUUUUUUUUAUAGAAGAAAAAAUGCCAAAUAUUUGAUGGUUCCAGCCUCUCUGGUGUGAGAACUUAAUGUUUUUUUCAUGUUUUACAUUAUACUAAAUUGAUUAUCUUAUGUAAUAUAAUAGAAGUAGUCAUCCGGGGCUCUACUAUUUUCUAAAGUGUAUAGACCAUUUGGGGAAAUUGUAAAAUCGUGAACAUAGUGAGGUGGUUAAGUUAGUUAUCAAAUGAAAAAAUCUAAAUUUUCUCUGGUUCCAAACUUCAAGUGUGAAGAUUUAUUUUAUUUAGUUGUUGAUCGGGCCAGAAGAAACAUUUAAAGAUACUACUACUACUGUCAAUUUUAUGACCUAUAUUUAAAAAACAACAACAAUAUUUUAUAAUUUGGUUAGGGAAUUCUAAGCUUAUCAGUCUUUAAUAUCAAUUAUUAAAGCUAUAAUUAAUCAUUUAAAGCAGCUAGGUGUGUUUUAACGUUUCAUAAAGUACUAUAACGUAUUUUAAAUCGACGGAAGCAUUGACCCAUUUUACAGAGGAAGACCUCGGUACCUGCUCUGUCAGUGAUUAUGUAAUAACUGCAGCCCAGGGAGUGUCAACAAUACCGUGUCUGAGAGAGCCCGUGUAUUUAUCAUAUAUGACGAGUAAGGAAAUGUAACUGAGAUCUCUUUGUAAGGCAGAUAAGAGAGGAGACCUCGUGCUAAAGUUUUUCGCUUCGACUCGGUAUUUUGUUCUGUCACUGAGGUGUUUUCGCUUUCUUUGUACAAAACUAAUUUGUAGACGCUCCCUGACUGGGGCCAUUAGGGAGCGUUGAUCCGCUAGCGUUUUGCGUGAAACUGUGCCAAACAACUGAUCUACAAAUAAGUGUUUUGAUGUUUUAACCUAAAAUAUGAAUCACAAAUUAAUGCCCGUGUUAAAGUUGAAUUCCCGUUCACUGCGAAUCCACGUACAUGUGCAAAAUACGUAAAAAAAAAAAAAAAAAAAAUGCCAAUGCCCUCAGUGUCAGAGCACACAGACACCAAACAGCCACAGUAAUACUUGAGGAAAUUGAGGGUAAUGAAUAGUUGGUCAGCAGAUGAACUUCCUCAUUUCAGUCAGCCGAUAUUCAGUAACGGCAGCGGCCUCAAGCAAGUCAAAAUGCCGUCGUCGCUGAAGGACUCGCUUGAAUCCGGACUGGACUUCAUUGAAUUCCUGGGAGAAAGAGUUUCUACCACGAGCAAAAAGGAACUUCGAGACAUCUACAACUCUGAAUUUAAGGGCAGAGAAGGAAUAAAAGACGCCACAUUUAACAGUGUUUUACAUGCUCUUCUGAGAUUCAACAAAGUCCACGUAAGACAAGGGAGAAUCUUCAUAAAUGCCAGACCACAGGUUAGAGUGUACUGUGACCAGUGGAGGAGGCCCCGGGCCCCUCAGCCACACACUCCCAGCUCUGGCCCUCAGGAGACAGCUGAGACACCUGCACCCUCCCCUGCCCCCUCCACCCCUGUGAUACCUGUGCUGACCCCCAAGAAGAAGCUGGCCACAGAAAUCCUUCACAAGUUAAAGGUGGACAGGAAGAAGCUGACAGCUGAUAAGGGCGGCAUUGAGAUCACUUCAGAUCCAUCGGCGAGCGGAGGAAAGGUUCAGUUCACUGUGGACCGUCUGAGGGAGUUGUUCGUCAUCAGGUUCCACAUUGUAAACAAGGGCAAAAACUGCAUCUACUUCACCUACUACACCGCCCUGCACAGGAUACGCUGUUUCACUCUGGAGGAUGAGAGGAGGGUGACCAGAGCCUGUCCCCUGUUCCUCUGUCCUGGGGAAAGCUAUGAAGUCAUGGUUCGGUACACACUGAAUCAUUUUGGGUACUUCCCUGCCACGAUGUACUUUGAGUUCUGCCCAGAUCUUCCCUGGUCUGCGCCUUUCUGCAUCGUGAGAGAGAUGGAAGCUAUUGCCAGGACCCCACUGGCUGUGGAGCUGGGGCCCGUGGCUCCUUACAAACCAUUUCAGGUGGUCACAUACAAGCCAGUGGAAACAGUGAUAGUGGAGGGAGUGCCUCCCGAAAAUUCUGCUGUGCAUCAUCUAAGGACAGCAGUGAAAUUAGGAGACUACAAGUACCCUCAUUACCUAAAGGAACUGGCUAAACAAAGGAUGGAGGACUCCGGGUACCUCUCUCCAAAUGCCAAGCAGAAACUUCCAUCAGUGAGGAGCCUCCUCAACUGUUCCCUGAAGAUUAAGAACUACUCUCAUCGAUUUCACCUGCUGCUGCACCUGGAGGAGAUACAGAUGGAGGUGGACAUCAGGAAGUAUGACCUCCACAAUCAAACCAUGACGCUGAGCCAAAGCAUGAGAAAACUGCUCACUCUCAGAGUUCCUGGUGUUGCUGAGAAUCGUCCAUCUGUACUUCGAGGAGACUGUCUGAGGGUGUCCAAAUCUGAGGACAAAGUCCAGCCGAUCACUGUGUACACCGGAUAUGUUCACAGGGUGGAGCUGGAUAGUGUGAAGCUGGGCUUCUCGAAGAGGUUGUUGCAGACAUUUAUCAGCAAUAUGAAGUUUAACGUGGAGUUUACUAUCAACCGGUUCCCCUUGAAGCUGCAGCAUCGGGCAGUGGACUUGGCAACAAAACAUCAGCUCGAAGAGGUGCUGUUCCCAUCUGGUGCAGCAGUGACUAAUCUUUCCAUGCCUAAACUCAGGAUGUUUAACCGUCAGCUGGAAAACAACCCAGAGCAACACGCUGCGGUCCAGCGCAUUGUCGCCGGGUCAUCUAAACCAGCUCCCCAUCUUGUGUUUGGGCCUCCUGGAACUGGAAAGACGAUCACACUGGUUGAAGCUAUGAAACAGGUCAGCAGGGCAGAUCCAUCAGCCCACAUCCUCGCCUGUGCCCCUUCAAACAGUGCGUGUGACUUGCUCUGCGAGAGACUGAUGGUACACACGGAUCCUCACCAGGUUUACCGCGUGUACGCCAGCAGCCGAGACCCCAACAGCGUCCCGAAGAACCUGCUGAAAUAUUGUAACUGGGAUGAGACACAAGAUUGCUUUGUAUAUCCAGAGAAAGAAAUUCUGAUGAAAUACGCAAUCAUAGUGACAACUAUGAUCACAGCUGGAAGACUUGUGUCUGGAGGAAUCCCAGUUGGUCAUUUUACUCAUGUGUUUGUGGAUGAAGGAGGCCAGGCAGUGGAGCCAGAGUGCGUCAUUGCUAUUGCAGGUCUGCUCAACCCAGAGCAGGGUCAGUUCGUGCUGGCAGGAGAUCCCAAGCAGCUGGGACCGAUCAUUCGAUCUCCUUUCGCGUUGCAGCACGGACUCGGGCUUUCUCUGCUGGAGAGGCUGAUGACACGAAACAAUUUGUAUCAGAAAAGUACAGAGUCCGGACACUUUGACACUCGCUUUGUCACCAAACUGCUGCGAAACUACAGGUCUCAUCCUGCCAUUCUGAAAAUCCCCAACCAGCUCUUCUAUGAGAACGAACUGCAGGUGUUUGCUGACCAGUUUGACCGUGAGGCGUUCUGCAACUGGGAAUACCUCCCCAAAAAGGGUUUCCCAGUGAUCUUCCACGGGGUGAUUGGGAAAGACGAGAGAGAGGCCAACAGUCCGUCUUUCUUCAACGUGUCUGAGAUUGAAGUUCUGGUCGACUACCUCACCAAGCUGAUGGAAACCCAAGGAAAGAAAGGCCUCCCCAAACUCUCUGCGAAAGACAUCGGAAUAAUCGCCCCCUACAGGAAACAAGUUGAGAAAAUCCAAAAAGCCCUGAAGUCCGUCUCAGCGCUGAGUCAAUGGAGUGAUCUGAAAGAGCUCAAGGUGGGGUCUGUGGAGGAGUUUCAGGGACAAGAGAGGAAGAUCAUUAUGAUUUCCACUGUCCGCAGCAGCGUCAACUACGUCAGGAUGGACAAAGACUUCAACAUUGGAUUCUUGUCAAAUGAAAAGAGGUUCAAUGUGGCCGUGACAAGAGCCAGGUCUCUGCUGAUCGUUGUGGGAAACCCGGUGAUCCUCGACAAGGACCCCACCUGGGCGAAGUUCAUCAGCUACUGUGUGGAAAGUAAGGGUUACACAGGAUUUGACUUAAAAGACGCAGAAGAGGAAGACGAUUUUGUGUCGAGACUGGCAACCCUGAAAAUCAGCCUGGACUCUGAAAGUUAG